AUGGCGGCUUCACCCGUCCCCGUCCUCUGCAGCGCCUCCCCCUGUCGCGUCGCCAUCCACCUCACCCCUCCUGCCUUCCGAACCAUUGCCGCGGCGCGGCCGCAGGCCUUGCCCCUCGGCUUCUGCGUCGAGCGCGGGGGGCCCUCGCCGCGCGCCCGCGCGCCGUUUGCGGCCAAGCGCGGCGGCAGCCGCGGAAGCUGCGGACGGCACGCGCGCGCUGCUCCAGGCGGCACUCUGGGGCGCCGAAGCUGCCUAUAUACUCUGGCUCUUCCUCCUGCCUUACGCCCCGAUAAUUCUGGCAGAAAACAGCCUGUAACUUCGAUCGCCAUCGUGCAGGGUGACCCGAUUUUGGCGAUCUCGCAGGCUACCAUCAGCGACCUCAUCGGCCUCUCACUCAACUUCUUCGUCCUGCCGCUGCUCAACUCAGCUUUCUUGAUACCUUACAUGGCAAUCCGACUGAACGAUCCAGAUGCAGACCAGUCUCCACCACAAAGAUCACAACUGGGUUCAGUUAUGGUUAACGGUGCACCGGUUGUGGGCGCAAUUGGCGGUCUUGUCUGUGUUCUCUCUAUUGUUUGGGCAUUCUUUGGCCGCGGAGAUGCUGAAUUUGGAGGCACUGCAGAACGGUGGCAGUAUGUGCAGAGUUAUGUGCUCUCGGACCGGCUUGCUUACGCGUUUCUAUGGGAUAUAUUUCUGUACUCCAUAUUCCAGCCAUGGUUGAUCGGGGACAAUCUUCAGAACGUGAAGGCAGAUGCUACUGAGUUUGUGAAUGCGUAUGCAGUUGAGUGA